CUGCAUUUUUUGUCUCAGAUCAAAGCUAAAAGUUCGAUCCCAGUACGAAAACCUAAAUUUUCUUUAAAAUCUCAUAAUCUAUGGCGAGAUACGACAGAGCUAUAACGGUUUUCUCGCCGGAUGGCCAUCUCUUCCAAGUUGAGUACGCCUUGGAAGCCGUACGCAAGGGUAACGCCGCCGUCGGUGUUCGUGGGACCGACACCAUCGUCCUCGGAGUGGAGAAGAAGUCUACCGUUAAACUUCAAGACUCGAGAUCAGUUAGGAAAAUUGUAAGCCUGGAUGAUCAUAUUGCAUUGGCUUGUGCUGGGCUUAAAGCAGAUGCCCGCGUUCUUAUUAACAAGGCACGGAUCGAGUGCCAGAGCCAUAGGCUUACUGUUGAGGAUCCAGUAACUGUAGAGUAUAUCACACGUUACAUAGCAGGUCUUCAACAGAAAUACACACAAAGUGGUGGUGUCAGGCCAUUUGGGCUUUCAACUCUAAUUGUAGGAUUUGAUCCUUAUACCAAUGUUCCAUCAUUAUAUCAGACAGAUCCUUCAGGGACAUUUUCUGCUUGGAAAGCUAAUGCCACUGGUAGGAACUCCAAUUCCAUGAGGGAAUUUCUAGAAAAGAAUUACAAAGAGACCUCUGGUCAAGAAACUAUAAAACUUGCCAUCCGUGCGCUGCUUGAGGUUGUUGAGAGUGGAGGGAAGAACAUAGAAGUUGCUGUGAUGACAAAGGAGGGACUCCGACAACUUGAGGAAGCUGAAAUCGAUGCCAUUGUUGCAGAGAUUGAAGCAGAAAAAGCUGCUGCCGAGUCUGCAAAGAAGGGUCCUGCUAAGGAAACAUAAUUUCGCUCACCUUGUUCUAGUAUGACUCUUCAGUUUGACCUUUUCGUUACCUGUAUGUCUAUUGAACCCUUUUGGCAUGUUCAUUCUCCAGUCGUUAUAAGUAAUUUGUUUCAUUCGACUCGUAAUUUGAUUGAAUGUAUCACUCAUUCAUACCCAUUAUUCCGUUUUACGUAUUAGAUGAGAACUUCAUCGGAUUCUGUUUGAAUUUGGUUGACAGUUCGUGAAUCCGUGAUGGAGGCUGGCCAACAACGAAGAAUUGUUGGCAGCAAAUUAGUCGAGGAUAUGUGAAACCCCUUUGUAUCUUUAUCAGUAUCAGUUGGUCCGCAAUCUUAA